CACAUAGUGUCAACAUGGCGAGCCUGGCUGAUGUCGGCUGGAAACUCCUGGAAUUUAAAGCCAAAUCAAAAAGAUCAGAUUUGUGAUUUAGCUGAGAGAGACGAUCGGCCUUAAUUACACCUUUUGAGAAUGGCCGCUUCAGUGGCUGCGAAAGCCCGGCCUCAUCGGAAAAUUCAAAGACUUGAAAACAUGACAGAGCCUGAAGUGACACCACAUAAAUGUUCCAUCUAUGAACCUCUCAAGCUGUCCAUUCUCCAGCGUGAUGAUGAGCCCUUGUGGGAGAAGCUGGACCGCUACUACAACGCCGUCAAGACAACCAUUCUGAACUACCAGAGUCCCACCACCGGCCUUUUCCCAGUCAAAACAUGCCCCACCUGCAAGGAAGCCAAGGUCCGGGACUCCCUGUUCUGUGCUGCCAGUGCCUGGGCCCUGGCUCUGGCCUACCGACGCAUCGAUGACGAUAUGGGACGAACCCACGAGUUGGAGCAUUCUGCCAUCAAGUGCAUGAGAGGGAUCCUCUACUGCUACAUGAGGCAGGCUGAUAAGGUGGAGCAGUUUAAACAGGAUCCCAGCCCCUCCAAGUGUCUGCACUCAGUGUUCCACAUAGACACCGGCGACGAGGUGCACUCCUACAGCGACUACCACCAUCUGCAGAUCGAUGCCGUCUCUCUGUUUCUGCUGUACCUGGUGGAGAUGAUCUGCUCUGGUCUGCAGAUCAUUUACAACACCGACGAGGUUUCCUUCAUCCAGAACCUGGUGUACUGUGUGGAAAGAGCCUACAGGGUGCCUGACUACGGCAUGUGGGAGAGAGGCAGCAAAUACAACAACGGCAGCACUGAGCUGCAUUCCAGCUCCGUGGGCCUGGCUAAAGCUGCUCUGGAGGCCAUCAAUGGAUUCAACCUGUUUGGAAACCAGGGCUGUUCGUGGUCGGUGAUAUUUGUGGAUCUGGACGCCCACAACAGGAACAGGCAAACCCUGUGCUCCCUACUGCCCCGAGAGUCUCGCUCACAUAACACAGAUGCAGCUUUGCUUCCAACCAUCAGCUAUCCUGCCUUUGCAGUAGAUGACGACGCCCUCUACAGUCAGACGCUGGACAAGAUUGUCCGCAAGCUGCGUGGCAAAUACGGCUUCAAGCGUUUCCUCCGCGACGGCUACCGCACCGCUAACGAAGACAAGGACCGCCGCUUCUACAAGCCUGCUGAAAUGAAGCUUUUUGAUGGGAUCGAGUGCGAGUUUCCCAUAUUUUUCAUCUACAUGAUGAUUGACGGGGUGUUCAGAGGAAAUAAAGCUCAGGUCAAAGAAUACCAGGACCUCCUUGAACCCAUCAUCUUCCGGUCUAAUGAGGGCCAUGCUGUGAUCCCCAAAUACUACUACGUACCGGCUGACUUUGUGGAGGCGGAGCAGAACAAGCACGGAAGCCAGAAGCGUUUCCCUAGCAACUCCGGCCGUGAUGGGAUGUUCUUCCUGUGUGGUCAGGCCCUUUUCAACAUCGCCAAGCUUCUGGUGGAUGAGCUGAUCAGCCCUAAAGAUAUUGAUCCCAUCCACCGCUACGUCCCCCGCCAGGACCAGCGCAACGUCAGCAUGCGAUACUCCAACCAGGGUCCCAUAGAGAAUGAUGUUGUGAUUCACGUGGCCCUGAUAGCAGAGAGCCAGAGACUCCAGGUGUUUUUGAACACCUAUGGCAUUCAGACCCAGACCCCCCAGCAGGUGGAGCCCAUCCAGAUCUGGCCUCAGAAGGAACUGGUCAAGGCUUACCGUUUCCUCGCUGUCAAUAAGAAGCUGGGGUUGAGUGGGCGUCCAGAGAGACCAGUGGGCUGCAUCGGGACCUGCAAGAUUUAUCGUAUCCUGGGCAAGACGGUGGUGUGCUACCCAAUAGUGUUUGAUCUAAGUGACUUUUACUUGUCCCAAGAUGUUAUGCUGCUGAUUGAUGACAUCAAGAACGCCCUGCAGUUCAUCAAACAGUGCUGGAAGAUGCAGGGACGUCCUCUCUUCCUGGUUCUCAUCCGCGAGGAUAACAUCAAGGGGAGCCGCUUCAACCCAGUCCUGGACAUGCUGGCCUCGUUCAAGAAAGGCAGCAUCGGAGGGGUCAAAGUUCACGUCGACAGACUUCAGACCCUGAUAUCUGGAGCAGUGGUGGAGCAGCUGGACUUCCUGCGUGUCAACGAGGCAGAGAUCCCCGAGUUUAAGAGCUUUGAGGAACUGGAGCUGCCGAAGCACUCCAAGGUGAAGAGACAGACGAGCACACCCAACCUCUCAGACCUGGAGCAGCAGCCAGAGAUCAAUGUGGAGGAAUGGCUGCAGAAGCCCACCAAUGAGAUCAUCAAGAAGUUCCACGACUGCGACUGCUUGGCCAGUCAGGCUCAGCUUGCAUGCGUCCUUGUUAGGAGAGAAGGACCAGACUUCCUUGCCAAAGAUGAGAACCUGAUGGAUGAACUGGAGAGAAUCUACAGAAGAGCUGGCAGCAGAAAGCUUUGGUCUGUUGUCCGUCUUGCUGCCAGUCUCAUAACUAAGAUAGUGGACAGCCUUGCUCCCAGUAUUACUAGUGUGUUAGUGCAUGGCAAGCAGGUGACCCUCGGCCUGUUCGGGCAAGAGGAGGAGGUGAUCUCCAACCCACUGUCGCCAGGGGUGAUCCAGGGCAUCAUCUACAGCAAGUGCUCCCCUCAAGGUGGGGAGCGGGAGGCCGUUCUGCAGCAGGAGCUGGUCAUCCACAUCGGAUGGAUUAUCUCCAACGACCCCGAGCUGUUCAGCGGCAUGCUCAAGAUCAGAGUCGGAUGGAUCGUCCAGGCCAUGAAACACGAGCUGAAGAUCGUGGCGGGAGACAUGCCACCCCAGGACAUCUACCAGCUCUCCCCCAGCGACAUCAAGCAGCUCCUACUGGACGUCCUGCAGCCACAACACACCGGCAGGUCCUGGCUGAACAGGCGUCAGAUCGACGGCUCUCUGAACAGGUCCCCUCUGGGCUUCUAUGAUCGUGUGUGGCAGAUCCUGGAGAGGACCCCCAACGGUUUUACGGUGUCUGGGACUCACCUGCCACAGCAACCGACGCUGUCUGACAUGACCAUGUAUGAGAUGAACUUCUCCCUGCUGGUGGAGGACAUGCUGAAGGACAUCGUCCUGCCUGAGUACAGACAGAUCAUAGUGGAGCUGCUGAUGGUGGUGUCCAUAGUGCUGGAGAGAAACCCGGAGCUGGAGUUCGACGCCACGGUGGAUCUGGACGGUCUGGUGAAGGAAGCCUUUAAGGAUUUCCAGAAGGAUUGCGGCCGCCUUCAGGGCGUAGAGAAACAGGACGACAUGGAGGCGUUCUACAACACACCUCCGGUGGGAAAGAGAGGCACCUCCAGCUACCUGACCAAGGCUGUUAUGAUCCUGCUGCUGCAAGGGGAUUUCAAGCCCUGCAAGGACGACCCGUGCUCUGUUAGCUAGAUUUACAACGUGUUGACCCCUAAAGCCCAGCCUGCUGCAGUGUAGUCGUGAAAUGGUCCGGCCAGGGCUACUGAGUAUCCAUCACAUGUAUUCAGAAGAUAACCUCUAACCUCUCCAAUCCUCCCUUGGCUCCCAGGACUCGGCUUCUCGGCUUCUGCAAGCUAUAUUUUCUUCCUGCACUUUGGCCUCAACAGUAGUAGAAGCUGUACCCAGGAGCCUCAAUUGGCGUAGAUUAGCAUGGCUGCAGUUUGCUCCGGGGGUUAAUGUAAAAACAAAAAUGUUGAUAAUUUGAGGAAUACUCAUUUUAUCGCCAGGGCCUUGUUUCUUUUAUCUCUACACAUUUUUGUUCUGUAUCGACACUGUGCUGUGUAAGAUUUUACUUUGAAUUGCUUUAGUUAUUUAUUACCAUCGGUAAAUAGUUAUGCCAAAUGCCACAUAACUAGGUAAUGUUGCUGGCUAGCUCUUCUCUUAUCCUUUACCUGGAUGCCGCAGAUUAGCAUGUCUGCACUUUGUUCCAAGUCUUACUACACUGUACUGCACAUCCACCAGGUGUGCUUAACUCAUUAGCACUUAGAACCAUGCUUAACCUCCACACAUCUUUUUGUUGCCAGAGUUCAGUCUCCCAGCUGUGUUGUGUAUUCAAAUUAAGAUUUUAAUAGUGUUAUUAAUUACCAGAGGUGGCUAGCUAUGUCAAAAUGGCACCGGUUAUCUUGCCCUUUCUCCAAUAAUAAGUAUCCUAAAGCCAUCAAAAUAGUAAAAUGUAAUUGAAGGAAAACUCACACAGGUGAUAAUAGUUUUGGGUUAUCUUAGCUUAGCUUAGCUUAGCAUAAAAAGUGAAAAUGGGGAAAGAGCUAGCCUGGCUCUGUCCAAAAGUUAAAAGGUAUGCUAAGCCAAGCUAGCAGGCUGCUGGCUGUAGCUUCAUAUUAAGCAUACAGACAUUAAGCGUGGUAUCAAUCUUCUCAUCUAAUUCUCUAUAAUAAAGCAAAUCAGCGUAACUAUUUCUUAACUUUUUGCU